AAAAUUCUAACGAACAUGCACUGUAGUCCAGCAAGAGCGAGCAUCACGUCGGCGCUACGCACUGCUGCAGCUCACCUUCGCUCAUGCGCGAGAUACCAUCUGCCCCCAUGGUGCUUUUAUUCUGAAGGACACUUUUAUUCCGAAGGAUUCUGACCAUAAGAGUUGGAAGUACAAGUUGUUAGCCAAGCAGACCAGUUGUUAGACAGUGACUGAGUCACCCUAAUCAAGGAAAUGUCCCAGGUCCCUAGUCGUGAUGCGGCAUUCAUGGAGGUCAUCAACAAGAACAUGCGUGUCCCAGAGCACCUGAGUGUUGGCCCAAGGCAGCAGCAGUUUGUGGAGGAAGUAGGUGAGGCCAUGAGGUGGCCCGAGGAGCACUCACCUGCUUGCACUAUGCAGGUCCCCGAUAGGCUGACAUACACAGAAGCCCCUGAUAUGAGCCCCAGACCUCUGUUCAGCCCGUCCAGACCGAUAAUCUGCAGCCCUCUGGGUCUAGAACCAUGCUGGGAGAGUCCAUCUGGAGAGGUCUUCUUAAGAGAAACAUCGCAGAGUCCCAUACGGAGAUCUUACAGUGACCAAAGCUUUGGCAGGACGCCGCCUAGCACACCGACCCAGCUGAAACAGGCUCUGGCAGUGCCCAGACAUCCAUCAAGCUCUCGAGGUUCAGGUCGCCAUGUCCGCCAGAGCUGCACUGCUCCUCUUUCCACCCAGACCACCGACCCCCAGACCAAGCCUUUCCCUGCCACCCCCCUGGGCUGCCAGUCUCCACACUCCAUGCUGCAGGCAGCCAGGCAGCUGGGCCUGCAGACUUCACAGCACCUCCUGCAGAUGGUCAGCCAGAAAUACAGGUUUAACAACCAAGAGAAGCCUCCACCAGUGAGAGUCAUGCCUGAGGUCCCUGUUUCAGCACGUGUGGAUCAAAGUGAGAAAAGUGCAAUGGAGAACUGGAGCCCAGAAGAGGAGGGAGGAGCUGCAGUUGAGUUCAUCAUCCUCAGGAGACAGGUGAUGAAGAUGAGUCGCCGGCUGGCAGUACUUGAGACACACAAUGCUGAACGGAGGAGUACAGAAGUCAUACAGUUCUCCUUGCUCUUCUCCGCCUGCCUACUAAAUGCCUGGCUGUGGAUCCGCAGAUAACACACACACACUGACACACUGAUGAGCUAAAACAUUAUGACUGCCCCUGUGUAAUAUACUGUUUGUCCUUUGCGUGCUGCCAAAUAGUUCCUAUCUGCUGAGGCAUGGACUGGCACCAAAAUGUUUCCAGCACAUUCUGUAAAUUUUGAGGUGGUAGCCACUGUGGAUCAGACUUGUUCCUGCACAUCCUCCAACACCCUGUAUCAGGUUCAUGGUUCUGUUCCUCCUUGGACCACUAGCUAACUACAUUUAAAUUCAAAUGAUGCGCUGGCAACAAGUGGCAGCAAGUCCACAUAGCUCGUAGUUUUUUGCAAUGCAUUUGUAUAUAUUAGUAUAUUUUUUGUUGAUUGAUGUUUUUAUUCUACGUCGUUGUUUUGUCUGACAAAGGCGAAAAUAAUGUACACAAAGGAAGAACUCCUGGCUUUAAAGUUUACCAGAUAUGGAGUUAAACAUCUCAUACUGGCUGAGCUGAAGAAGUCGUACCGUGGAUGCAGAGCCGCGGCUAAGCUAAAGGCUAGGAGAUGGAGAUAUAAGCCAUUGCUACGAUCGAUCCUCAUGGGAAAUUUCAACUCCCUGGCUAAAGAGUAUGAGGAACUGGAGGCACUUGUGAAGAACCAGCGAGCAUAUCGUGAGUGUAGUCUCAUGUUUAUCACGGAGACCUGGUUAAACGACAACACUCCUGUCUGUUGUGUGGAUUUACCCAGCUUCACUGCAGUACGAGCGGACAGAGACGCCAGAGCAAGUGAGAAGAAUAAAGGUGGAGGACUGGUUCUGCUUGUGAACAAUAGAUGGUGCAAACCCGGUCAUAUCACAGUGAAGGAGAAGAUCUGCUGUUGGGAUAUUGAACUGUUGGCAGUUGGUCUUAGACCGUACUAUGUACCGAGGGAGUUCUCACACAUCGUUGCCAUUGUCGUUUACAUUCAACCACAAGCAGAGCCUGAAGUCGCAUGUGACGUCACUCACGAGACUGAUGCGAGAGUACAGACCCAGCACCCUGGUGGGAAUGGAGACAGGGAGAAGCUCAGGUGUGUGCAACAUGAGCUGAAGAGGAGAUUAAAGCAGGUGAAGGAGUACUACAAAAAGAAAGUAGAGAGGAAGCUUCAGCACAACAACACAAGAGAGGCAUGGAAAGGGAUGAGGUCCAUCACUGGCUAUAAAGAGAAGAACAGCCAGGCAACAUCAGGUGAUGUGGACAAGGCCAAUGAGUUCAACCUGUUCUACAACAGGUUUGACAGCCUCACCUGUUCUCUCUCCCACUGCUUCAGCUGCAGCUAUCCUACGGCAUCUCCUUCACAACCUGACACUGCAGCUGCAACUCCCUCCACACUGUUGUCAAGUCUGGCUGGGUUUGUGCUUGGCAGGAGUCUGGACUCACUCAGGAUUGUUGUGGAGAGACGCAUGCAAUGUAAGAUGGAGGCCAUCUUAGAAAAUACCAACCAUCCUCUCCACAACAUUCUGGCAGGACAGAGAAGCAGCUACAGGUGCAGCAAACGUCUCAUCUUACUGCGCUGCAGGAGGUUCAGGAGAUCCUUUGUUCCCACUGCCAUCAGGCUAUACAACACCUCAGCCAGAGGAAGUGGACUUUUCUAAUUAUUAUUGUUUAUUUAUUAUUAACUGGUUUUAUUAUUAUUAUUAUUAUUAUUAUUAUCAACAAUGAGGUAAUGGACACAUAAAUUUCCCCUAGGGGAUAAAUAAAGUAUCUAUCUAUCCAUCUACUGUAUCUGUAGUGAUCCUCACCAUUGCUGAGUGGGAGCACCGCACAAGUCUUCACAGCUGCUCCAAAUGACUGUUCAUGUAGCAAUUAAUAUAUCCCAGACCUUGACAUACAGUAUAUGAGAUGAAUAGCUUUAUUUACUUCAUCUGUGAGUGCUCAUAAUGUUUUGCCUCAUCUGCCUACAUGAACAUUUGUUUGACUAAACUUGUGAUGUCCACAUUCAACCCGCACUCCAUAUCCUUCAAAGAAAUAUCAGCUGUAACAUUGUUGUGAGUUGGAAACAGUGAUGUGCCUCUUGCAUUUCUUGGUCAUUUUUUUCAUGUCAGAGUGUUUUGUUCUUCUGUUUUGGUUAUUAUUGCUUUAUCUUUUCAUCAGAAAAUUAACAAUUUAAAAUGUCAACCAUAAAUUGAGAAUUACUGGGGAAGGGGCUUCUUACUACACCCAACAGUCACUAAUGCAGGGAGAAAUGAAUUGUAGUGGUGCAGAGACAAGUUUACACAUCCACAGCAACAGGAAAACGACCAGAAUGCACUGCAGCUGUAGGACAGUUUGGGAUUCUUGAGGCAACGCUCAAGGUUUCUGACUGAGGAAACUGACUGUUGCCAUCACUGUCCUCAUGUCUCGUUUCUCCUACAAAUGAAUAUUUUAUUGAAUGCAGAGGCAUUGUUAAGAGGGAUUCUGGGAAAUGUAAUUUAUCAAAUGUCUUCAGCACUUCCUACAACAUCUGUUUACAAAAUUUGUCACAGAAUGGUGUUAUGGAGGGUGUAUCACACUACUAGCCCUGCUGUUUCCCUCCUCAACUUGAACCUAAUGUCAAACAUGUCUCAGCCAACCUGUAACCUGAGAAUAACCCCUGAGACUUGGACUAAAUGACCUCAGUUAGUAAAAGUAGCCUCCCUUUACUUGUCAAAAGUGGGUUCUCACAAGAACAGCCAAACAAGUGUGUACACACACUUACACACGUUGUAUUUGGAAACACUAGUACCAGGCAUAUUGAGUACAGUCCUGUCAGUUACAGCCUGAAAUUCUAUUGUUGUGUUCAGCUAUGAUCAUCACUGUCCGUCACAACUCCACACAAAAGAUAAAUACAAUGUAAAAUAACAUUUAAUCAACAUUUAAUCUAGUUUGUGUUGAUUUGUUUAUGCUGUGUAAUCUGUUUAUAGGUUGAUUGCACUGUUUGGACUGAAGAAUUUAGGGACAUUCAUUUAUUUUAAUUGUCUUCAUUUAAAAAAAUACAUGAAUUCUAGUGAAUAACACAAAACUAUUUGGAGACGUGUGAUUUUCUGUCUGCUGUGUUUGUUUGAUUGGUUAAGAUGAAGUUCUUGUGUGAGGGUUUUGAUCUACACACUCUAGAUGCCAUUUGUGAGUUUGUUAAAAAUAUUGGCAGAGUUUGUCUAUUUAUUUUUAUCAAAGCUCUGCCAUUAUUACUGUUGAUUUAAUAAAAGUAGAUUUUAUAUUAAAAUUCAA